CGGGAAUAGUUCGAAUUGUUGCAUCAUCCCAUCGACACCGCCGCUUCAUGCUGCGACCGGUUGCGGCACUAGAUGGAUGCAAGAAGGCCCAAACAUUGCGCCCGCUGGGCAGCCCCGACGGGCAAGCAGAGAAUGCGUUGUUGGCUCAAAGGACGCUGCUCAAUGCUCAGCUGCGCGGGUUGGUUGUGGAACUGCAGAGGCAGUUGACCGCUGCGACGAUCACGUCCGCCACGCUUCAGGCCGGCGUCGAUGCAACCACUGCGGCGCUGGCCCAACUCGAUUCCCACGGGACUCCCGCGGCCACGAAAGACCAAGUAUCCGCCGCCGACGUGGCCACUGCGAAGCAGCGCACCGCUGCGUUGACGUCCAAGACAACAACCCUCGACCUGGAAAUCGCCGACUUGUCACGACAUCUGGACCGCCUCACCAGGAAACGAGCCAACACUGCGGCAACAGCAGACACCAUUGGCAACAAGUCGCUUCUUGUGCUCGUGACGGCGCGCCACGUCGAGCUGUUUGUACGAGAACAUGUUCGAGGAACAAAGUCGAAUUUGGGCCGCGAAUGGACCACUAAGGACAUAGCUACCCUGACUGACGUGUUGAUUUCUCACUUGCCGCUUCAACUGGAGUUGACAACCACCACAUCGACAUCCAUUGCAGUCUCCCCCAAAACGUCCAGGAAGACCCCCCCCUGUGCGAAGACGGGGGAGCUGCCGCAAGUUGAGAAAACACCAUCGCCCCGUCGGCGGCGCCCCCGGUCUGACAGCGUUGGCAGCGGCUCGGCCAUCUCGCCGAUCUUACUCCAAACCGUGUUGCCAGUGUCGGACGAGUUGGAGCCGGCGCAACUGACGCCGCCGUCAUCUGCCAAUGCAAACAAACUGUCGCCCCAUCACCGUGAACAUCGACGGGCGUCGUCCGAGCGCAUUCGAAGGGAGUUGCUCACUCAAGAAACCAAUGGCGGAAACGAGGAAUUGGAUGCGUUGGUGUUGCCAGGACUAUUAGGCAAUGACACCAUGGUUCUACCCCCCGACCUCCAACACGCCCGCACCCCUCGACCAGGGGGCUUGGAACGGUCGCCCAGUCGACGGCAAGUUCAAACGGAAACCGCCAACACCAUUGAGAAGUCGCUGCACCCAGUCAUGCGUCGCGCGGGCUCUCGGGUCAUUCGGGACACGACGUCGCCGGACAGUGGCGCCGGGUCUCCAGACAGACCGAGCUUGACGAGGCGGCCAAGCUCCAAGCACCCCUUAUCUGUGCCAGUUGUGGACGAACGCGCGGCCGCCGUCAUGCCCGUGGUCCAUCCCGUGCGCCACGUCACCGCCGACGAAAUGGAACAUGUUCCGAACAUCGCGCUGCGGCGGGGGUCGCUGCGGGGCAGCACAUUGGGCAUCCGGACAACGCCGCCUGUUCAGGAGCCGCCAUCGCCCCCGAAACCGGCCAAAAGCAUUCCCCGGCUAGCCAUGGUGGAGCCGUUCGAACUUGUGGACCUCUGCGUGACCACGGACCAAACACCCAACGACCGCGACUCGGCCCCACCCACGUUGACGCCCGCCACCUCUCGCACGGACAUGGAGAUUCAAAUCAGCCCGCCGCGACCGCAUUUUGAGUCGUUAAACUUGUCGCUCUCGCACGCCGUGAUAAUGCGAGAUACACCACGACCAGAACCGGAAGAAGUGUCGGCAAGGUCGUCUGUGGAUGGCUCCAUGUCCCAGCGUAGCAGCCCCCCUCGGCUAACCCCCCUCCAUCAAACGGCUACCUCCAAUGCGUGCUUUAAUACAAGCAGAGUGAGCCCCCCGAAGCCCCUCGAUCCCCCCACGGGGCUGGCGACUUCCUCUCCCGUGAAACAGCGCACGUCCAAACACUUGGCGCGCAUCAUUCCUUCCACGACCGCCCCAAUGGACACAUUUCCGCCUCUUUCAUUCAAUAGCGGCGCCGCCGGGCUAGAACAACUACUCGCGACACCCCCCUCUGGGGCGUCCUUUUUGGGCCAAAGCACCCCAUCGCGACGUAUGCUUGGAACAACCGCGUCCGUGGCCACCUCCCCCCUAAAAGCCAGCCCUCCGAAACAACCGACCGACUCGCCCGCAGCACGCACCAUGGAGAAGUCGCCGUCCGCAUCAAGGCGGGGACUGUUUCCUUCAACGUCAAGGCCGUCGAUGGAGCCAAUUUAAAGGGACUAUUAACGAUAAAUAAUCACUUGCUUACACCGCAAGUGUUGUUAGCUGGGG